AUGUUUGCAAUCUGUGUUUAUCGUCGCUUUGGAUUGGCAGUGCCAAUCGUCCUGUUUGUGGUUGCAUUGUUGAUGGAAUUGACGAUUGACCACAGUUGGGGCAAGGGCUACUACGAAAGUCAUUUCUGGUCGAUUGGGUUGAGCGUGCUGAUCAGUGGUAUCAUUGUUGCUGCAGUGGCCUAUCAUGUGGAUGACGAUAACAAGUUCAAUCAAGAGGGCUAUUCCCUGUUGGAUGGCGAUCUCGAGCUUGGAAAUUUUGGCCUCUUUCUGACGGAACCACAAGAAUCGGAUAUGUUCUGUUUUGUCCCGCUCAAUUGGUGUGCUCUGGCUUUGAUUGGGAUGGGAGUGAUUCUGAUGCUGCUGCAAUUGAUUCCAGCUUCAUAG